AUGGCUCUGUCAGUUGACGUUCUCGAACUCACCAAACACCAUGGCCCUCGCCUUGCCGUAGCGGGCGUCGGUGCUCAUCUCCUCUAUUGGAUGCACGGAGAACGCAACAACAAGGCGGUGCGUGCUUGGCUACUCUCCCAUCUGAUUGUGAACGUUGCCCUCCUAGCGUUUAACCUCGCCAACACCCAGCCGGAAUCAUGGGGUAUCAGCUCAUGGAUCCGCGGUCUCGUUACGGUAUCUGUGCUGAACACCUGCUUCUACGGGCCCCUCUUCGCCUCCAUCCUGAUCUACCGGGCCUUCUUCCACCGUCUCCAUCGGUUCCCCGGCCCAGUGGCCUUGAAAGUCUCCAAGCUGGCCGCUGCAUACAGCAAUAUCGGAAAGGAGCGGGACUUCGAGCGCAUCUGGGAUCUCCACAAGCAGUACGGCGAUGUCGUCCGGACCGGACCGCAAGAGCUCAGCGUCCUGUCCGCCGACGCGAUCGAUGUGAUCUACGGCCCCUCGAGCCGAUGCACCCGCGCCAUCUGGUACGAUCGACUGAAGGCCUCGGGGGACUUCUCGGAGGACUAUGCGGUGUUCCAUAUGCGGAAUCCCGUCGCACAUGGGAAGCGCAGGAAGGCGCUCUGGGAUAAGGCGUUCAAUAUUCGAGCGCUCAAGUCCUACCAGCCCGUGGUUGUACAGACCACGCAACGGUUCCUGGAUGCGCUGCGUCAGCGGACCGGUCAGACACUCUCCGGUCCGGAUACGAUGCAACUCCUGAGUUAUGACCUCAUGGGCAUCAUCGGGUGGGGGUACUCGUUCAACAACAUCGAGAAGUGGGAGCUCAAUCCGGCUCUGCACUUCGUGAAGCAUGUGACGGCCGGUCAGCGGAUCAUCUCGCAGGCGCCGUGGUUGAUGAGUCUGCUGGUCAACCUGCCGGGCGCGGAUUCGCCGCUUCGUCCUUAUGGCUCGUGGAUCCAGGCGCGCAUCCGCGAGAAGUUGCGGCUGCUGAAGACGCCCGGGCAGGGGCGGGAGACGGCUGAUGCUAUGAGUAAGAUGAUGCCGGCGAUGGUGAAUUUGUCCGAGUCGGCGUUGUAUAGUGAAGGGGAGUUGAUGGUUAUCGCCGGGGGAGACACAACUUCCUCCACCAUGUCGGCCGUGAUCUUUCACCUGGCGCGCAAUCCUUCCGUUCAGCGCAAACUCCAAGCGGAGCUCGAUGAAGCUGCACAGUGCCAUGACCAAAAGGAUGAUGAGGUGUCGAAUGCGGAACCUGAAGCAUCGUACUACCGCUCGAUCUCUUCUCUCCCGUAUCUGAACGCCUGCAUCAAUGAAUCUCUCCGCCUCCAGCCCCCCGUCCCUGGAGAGAUCCCCCGGAAAACGCCCCUCGAAGGCAUCCACAUUCCCUUACCCGCAUCUUCUUCUUCCUCGUCACCUACCUCAGUCUUCAUCCCCGGCGACACGAUCAUCAGCGUCCCCGUCCUCCCCGUCCAGCGCGACCCCCGGAACUACGUCCAUCCGGAGGACUUCAUCCCCGAGCGCUGGACGGAUGAGAAGCCGGAAUUGACGCUGAACAAGUCGGCGUUCAUGCCGUUCGUGGGAGGUGCGUAUACCUGUGCGGGUAAAGGGUUGGCGUACAUUGAGAUGCGGAUUGUCUUGGCCAAGUUGUUGGAGAGGUUCGAGGUGAAGCUUGCGGACGGGGAGGAUGGGAGGCGGUUCUUGGAGGAGACAAGGGACUGCCAUGUUGCGCAUUUGGGGGAUUUCCGGGUUGUUUAUGAGGAGAGGAGGUGAGGGUAUUGAGUCUUUGGUUGGGUGGGAUUAUGUUAGUUCCUCGGUUUUUGGCAUGGUUUGGCGGGAAAAUGAUGCUUGUAGACUGAUAUAACCCC